AUGGAUAUGGUAGCCUUUCAUAAUGGGGUAAUUUGCUCAAAGCAAGUUUGUGAAAAUACCACGUAAAAAGUAAAAGCCUCUUCAACCCAACCAUAGCCUUCGUUUCUUCUUCUUCUUCUUCUACCUCCAAGUCCAAAAGUCUUCAACCAAGAAUACUCCCCCACCCCAUAAACUGCUCAAUAAACUGCUCACAACAAGAUACUCAAUUUUCAACACCGUUGAAAUUCACGCACAAGACGGACAAUUUGAUCUCUGAAGCUUUCCAACAAUUUGAAUGGCUUUCCUCAGCUCGAGUGGAAAUAUUACUAGAAGCACAACCACCGUCGGGAUGGACCCACAGUCGGCGGCGGAGAAGGCGGUGGGGGCGAUCGGCAUGGGGUAUGACCUCACCGCUGACAUCCGGUUAUCGGCUUGUAAAGAGGGUCCCAACGGUUCCCGGCUGAUCGAGCUGGACGACAGCUCCACGAAGGAGCUGGUGGUGCCCGGUGGAGUCGUGGUCCCUGGUGUGUCCACCUCCAUCAAGUGUGAUAAAGGUGAACGCACCAGGUUUCGCUCCGAUUUUCUCUCUUUUAGUCAGAUGUCGGAGCAAAUCAAUCAGGAAUUAUCUUUAUCUGGUAAAAUACCCUGUGGUCUAUUCAAUGGAAUGUUUGACUUCAAGGGCUGCUGGCAAAAGGAUGCAACUGCUACUAAAGGUCUUGCUUUUGAUGGUUGGUUCAUCUCCCUGUACAAUAUUGAGUUAUCAAAGUCCCAUCUAACUCUGUCAGAGGAAGUGAAACGGGAAGUUCCACCAUUUUGGGAUCCUGCUGCUUUAGCUGAAUUCAUUGAUAAAUAUGGAACCCAUGUUAUUCUUGGGGUGAAGAUGGGAGGUAAAGAUGUAGUGCAUAUUAAGCAGCUUCAAAGUUCAAAUCUUCAGCCAAAUGAUGUGCAGAAAUUGUUAAAGAAAUUAUCUGAGGAAAGAUUUUCGGAAACGGAUGGAAGCCUGAUAUCAAAUCCCGAAGGUUCUUUGGUUAUGCCAAAGGAUGAGAAGUCCGUUCUCUGGGACCCAUAUUCACUAUUUGCAAAUCCGUUAAGACCAGCAAUAGUUUCUCACACAAAGAAUGCAGAUUUGUUAAGUAUUCAUAUACGGCGGGGAGGCGUCAACAAAGGCCAAAGUCAUGCAGAAUGGCUGUCAACUGUAUCACAUUCUCCGAAUGUCAUAUCAAUGUCCUUUGUGCCUAUUGUUUCGCUUUUGAGUGGUGUCAAGGGUAGCGGAUUUUUUAGUCAUGCAAUGAAUCUUUAUCUACGAUACAAACCUCCUAUAGAGGAACUCCAACAAUUUUUAGAAUUUCAAUUACCUCGUCAAUGGGCUCCAGCGUACAGUGAUCUUCCACUUGCUCCUAGGCGGAGGAAGCAAGCAUCUCCAGCACUUCAGUUCACGUUUAUGGGUCCUAAGCUUUACGUAAACACUGUAAAAGUUGAUUCAGGGAACCGCCCAGUGACUGGUAUUCGCUUGUACUUGGAAGGUAAAAGAAGCGAUCACCUGGCCAUUCAUCUGCAGCAUCUGUCAACUCUUCCAAAUACCUAUCAGCUGGCAGAUGAUCAUAGUUAUGAGCCAGUAGAUGAGCCAGUUGAGCGAGGUUACUUUGAACCAGUCAAGUGGAGCAUAUUCUCACAUGUUUGCACUGCUCCAGUAGAGUAUCGUGGUGCACGGAUUGAUGACUCUGCUUCUAUUGUGACAAAAUCAUGGUUUGAGGUAAAAAAUGUUGGAAUGAAGAAGGUCCUUUUCCUGAGAUUUGGGUUUUCAAUGGUGGCAUCUUCAAGGAUACGGAGGUCAGAGUGGGAUGGACCAUCUACCUUGUCUCGAAAAUCAGGAUUAAUUUCAAUGUUGAUGAGCACAACAUUCAGCGCAGGGUUGGGUCAACCUGAUAAACCAGCGAAGGUGGAUUUGAACUCUGCAGUUUAUCCUGGAGGGCCACCCUUACCUGCAAGAGCUCCAAAGAUGACAAAUUUUGUUGAUACAAAAGAAAUGACAAGGGGUCCAGAGGAUUCACCUGGGUACUGGGUGGUUACCGGAGCAAAGCUUUGUGUAGAGGGGGGAAGGAUAAGAAUCAAAGUGAAGUAUUCUCUUCUGACCAUAUUGUCAGAGGACUCUCUGUUAAUAUGAGAGCAUAGGAGAGGCAUGCGCCAGAUUAGUCUUAAAAUUUUCAUUGCGUUCCUUGGUUGCCUUCCUUUGGGAAUUAACCUGGUCAAAAAAAAUCCCGGUUUUGUAUAUAAAUUUUUCCAAACGCCUGGGGGCAGCGAUCCAUUGUAUUUGUUGUACAUUGUAAUUUUUUCGGCAUGACCGUCUUCUUUAGCCUUCAUGCUACAUACUGAAACCACUAGAAGUCGCCUAGUUUUGAUUGAGAGAUGAGAUUUUAUUGUAAGGUGUGCAGGAUCUAGUUACGGUCGUGCUUUUCCUGAGUUUA